GGAAGCGUUUCCGGGGGCGUGAGGCGCCGACGGAGGCUGUGGCGGCGGUUACGGCUUGAAACGGGCCUGGCGCCGGCGACGGAAACUGCCUCUCGCGCGGGCUAUGUGGACGCGGAGCCCUUCGCAGCACUGAACAAGAUUUGUGAUGAAAUGGAGCCUGGAACAAAUUCUUUUCGAGUAGAAUUUCCUGAUUUUUCCAGCACCAUUUUGCAGAAGCUAAAUCAGCAGCGCCAGCAAGGACAGUUAUGUGACGUCUCUAUUGUUGUCCAAGGCCACAUUUUCCGGGCACACAAAGCUGUUCUUGCUGCCAGUUCACCCUAUUUUUGUGACCAAGUACUCCUGAAAAACAGCAGGAGGAUUGUUUUACCCGAUGUGAUGAACCCUAGAGUGUUUGAGAACAUCCUCCUUUCGAGUUACACAGGACGCCUGGUGAUGCCUGCUCCCGAAAUUGUUAGUUAUUUAACAGCAGCUAGCUUCCUCCAGAUGUGGCAUGUGGUAGACAAGUGCACAGAGGUGUUAGAGGGAAACCCCACUGUGCUCUGUCAGAAGCUCAACCACGGCAGUGACCACCAGUCCCCCAGCAGCAGCAGUUACAAUGGCCUGGUGGAGAGCUUUGAGUUGGGCUCUGGGGGCCAUGCUGACUUCCCCAAGGCCCAGGAACUGAGGGAUGGCGAGAACGAAGAGGAAAGCACCAAAGACGAGCUGUCAUCUCAACUCACUGAGCACGAGUACCUUCCCAGCAACUCCUCCACCGAGCACGACCGACUGAGCACAGAGAUGGCGAGUCAGGAUGGGGAGGAGGGGGCCAGCGACAGCGCGGAGUUCCACUACACGCGGCCCAUGUACAGCAAGCCCAGCAUCAUGGCGCACAAGCGCUGGAUCCACGUGAAGCCCGAGCGCUUCGAGCAGGCGUGCGAGGGCAUGGAUGUGCACGCCCCCUACGACGAGCACCAGGUCACUGAGUCUAUCAACACCAUGCAGACGGAGCACUCCGUCCAGCCGUCGGGGGUGGAGGAGGACUUCCACAUCGGGGAGAAGAAGGUGGAGGCCGAGUUCGACGAACAGGCGGACGAGAGCAAUUAUGAUGAGCAGGUGGAUUUCUAUGGCUCUUCCAUGGAAGAGUUUGCCGGGGAGAGGUCAGAUGGGAAUUUACUUGGGCACAGACAGGAGGCUGCCCUGGCAGCCGGCUACAGUGAGAAUAUUGAAAUGGUCACGGGGAUCAAAGAGGAAGCUUCCCACUUGGGCUUCUCCGCCACCGACAAGCUUUAUCCCUGUCAGUGUGGGAAGAGUUUCACUCACAAGAGUCAGCGAGACCGACACAUGAGCAUGCACCUCGGCCUUCGGCCAUACGGCUGUGGCGUCUGCGGCAAGAAAUUCAAGAUGAAACAUCAUCUCGUGGGCCACAUGAAAAUCCAUACUGGCAUAAAGCCGUAUGAGUGUAAUAUCUGUGCAAAGAGAUUUAUGUGGCGGGACAGUUUCCAUAGGCAUGUAACUUCUUGUACCAAGUCCUACGAAGCUGCAAAGGCUGAGCAGAAUACAACUGAGGCUAACUAAAAAUAGGGGCUGGCCCUUGAGUGGCAGGCACAAAAAUAAACUAUGGUAAUUAUGCAAAUCUGGGCACAGAUGAUGCGUGCUACUUGCUAUUAUAAGAGAAGCUUAAAAAAAAAAGGAAGAAAGAAAAGGAAGAUAUUUUGGAAAGACCAGCUCUAAGUAGGCCAAUUAAAAAACCUAAUUCCUCAAAUCUGUGUGUUCCAGUUCAGGCCUGGAGUGGGCAAGGGGGGGUGAGUUGACCCACCUCCCAGCUGGCAAGGUAACCCUCUGGGCCCAUUGAGAGUUGGGCAGUGCACAUGGUUCUAGAAAUGCCAGCACUUGGAACUGAACUCCAGUUGACCAGUUCCGUUUUAGGUGGCAGCAGUUUCUGAUCACUUAUUAUAAGGUCAUGCUGAAGUUUUAUUUUGUUCUUACUAUAGAUACUUAAGAUGAUGUGGGGGGGGACUUUUUUUUUUUUACAGCUGCUUUCCUGAAUGAAAUGCUACUUAAUGUAAAAAUGACAAAUAAUGUGAGCCCUCAGAUGCGAAGUUGAUUAACAGAGCUCUCUUUCUGAUUUUGUUCUUUCUAAAGGGUAUUUUCAUUAAAACUAUGGAGCUACUAGAAGCGUGACAUUCUAAAUAUGAAACAAAUAGUGAAUGGUACAAGCUCCCAUUUCUGUCAGAUGCCACUGUCACGAUGUUGUAGACUCUUGAUCAGGCAGAACUUUGUAUCUUCGUAUUAACAUUGAAUUUGAACAGCUGUAUCUCAUUGUAAUUCUCUAGGGUGGCAGAGAUAGG